AUGACGCGCGAAAGAGUUCGUCUUUGCCUCAACGCCUAUCCAACGUUGUUUAAUGUUAGCGAGAUGUCCAGUGGUAUUCCGCAAACGGCUGCAAGAAUCGUCGUUGAAACUGAAAUGGAAUCAGAUGUAAAUUUAGCAUUAGGCAAUGAGAUGAAUGAGAAGAUAAACUUACCUUCUACAUCAAGAUAUGCAAGUGGAACCAUGGAAGUACCAAGCAGGUAA